GAACGGAGUGCCAACGGCCUGCAGAACAACAUGCCGAAGUUUUAUUGUGACUACUGCGAUACAUACCUCACCCAUGGCUCUCCAUCUGUGAGAAAGACACACUGCAGUGGUAGGAAACACAACAAGAAUGUGGAAGACUACUAUCAGAAAUGGAUGGAAGAGCAGGCUCAGAGCCUGACUGACAAAACAACUGCAGCAUUUCAGCAAGGAAAGAUACCUCCUACUCCAUUCUCAGCUCCCGCUCCUGCAGGGGCGAUGAUCCCACCUCCCCAGAGUCUUCCGGGUCCACCUCUCCCCGGUAUGAUGCCAGCACCCCAUAUGGGGGGCCCUCCCAUGAUGCCAAUGAUGGGACCUGCUCCUGGAACGAGGCCUCCUAUGGGAGGGGACAUGCCAAUGAUGCCUGGGCCCCCAGUGAUGAGACCUCCCACCCGUCCCAUGAUGGUGCCCACUCGGCCUGGAAUGACUCGACCAGACGGAUAAGGAGAAAGGGGAGCCUCUUUCUAUCAGGCUUCUGUUACUGUUCUACUUCACAGGAGAUCUAGGUGCUGUGACUCUGGGUGUUUUCUAACAGCAGACAAGGAAAAUUCACUCCCUCUUCCAAAGAGAGAAUAGUUUUUGAGGGGAGUAGUGGGACCAAAAAAAGCAAUUUUCAUUUGUAUUGUGAAACGUGAAAAUAAAAUUGUCAACUCUUUUCAUAAAAGAAAGAAAGAAAG